UAUUUUUUAGGCUUUCGCUUGCUAAAUCGAAUCUAAAAAGGACAGGUAGAGUAGUAUUUAUAUCUUCGACCUCUCUCCGGAUUCAAAUCACAAUACAAUUCCGAAAAUCGUCUCCCAACCCUUUGCCGGAAAUCCCUAAUUUGGUAACUGGAAAACCGUAAUUGGCGCAAUGGUAGAGGUGCCUUUAAAGUGUGGAAGCAGCGAAAUUGAGCGCAAAGCUGAGCCCAAGAAGAAAGCCGAGGUUAAGAAGAAAGCUGUACCUCGUGUGUUUCAAAUCUGGGAAGAACCUACUCUUGCAGAGUGGCGACCGGAUAAUUAUCGUCUAUUAUGUGGUAAUCUUGGGAAUGAGGUGAAUGAUGAUGUCCUAUCAAAAGCCUUUUCAAGGUUUCCAACCUUUAAUAUGGCUAAGGUUGUGAGAGACAAGCGGACUGGUAAGACCAUGGGAUAUGGAUUUGUGAGUUUUUCCAACCCGUUAGACCAGGCUGCGGCACUUGAAGAAAUGAAUGGGAAGGAUGUUGGAAACCAUCCGAUUAAACUUCGCAAAAGUAAGUAGCAAACCGUCGAUUGGUGGAAGGGGAGAAACUAGUAGUUGUUUUGGAAACUUGGGUUUUACAAGAUAUCUGAAGAGUACAUACUUUCAUUAGUGUAUCGGUAAAUAUCAAACCUAGUGUGGGUUUACUGAGGAUGAUUAAAGCUUUAAUCUUAGUUGGUGGUCCCUUUGCUUCCGUAUUGUUAUGUUAUUACAGGAACUUUGAAAGGUUGCGGCCAUUUUAAUCUUCUAUGGUUAGACUUCUAUAAUAACAUUCUUUCUAUGAA